UGCCACACCAACACAUGGUACACAGCACGUAGUCUCGCGGUGAAAGACCGGAGGUGUAGUUGCAACGUUUCGCUUUUUUUGUUAAUUUGAACGUUGUUGAGAUGCACACUGAAUAGUGCACAGUCAAGAAUCGCGAUUGAAGUAACGUAUUUGUUGUCCAAAGCUUGAACAUAAGAUGGGGUUUUCGCGGAAAAGCAUUUCGAUGGCGUCAUUAGCCUUAUUUCUCAUCGCCUCUUUCAUCGGCAUUAGCGAGGAAAUUGCUGUCAUGAGUAUCGACAUCGGCAGCGAAUGGAUGAAAGUUGCUAUCGUUUCCCCUGGUGUCCCCAUGGAGAUAGCUUUAAAUAAGGAAUCCAAAAGAAAAACACCAGUGUCGAUUGCAUUCAGAGAUGGUGAGAGAUCUUUUGGGGAGGAUGCCCAAGUGGUCGGUGUGAGAUUUCCACAGAACACCUACUCCUACAUCCUAGAUCUCUUAGGGAAGCCUAUAAACAAUCCUCUAGUACAACUCUAUCUAAAAAGAUUUCCUUACUACAAUAUUAUUGCUGAUGAUGAGAGAGACACUAUAGCAUUUAAGUUGAACGAAAACACAACAUAUACCCCAGAAGAGCUGCUCGCGCAAAUACUACAUAAGGGCAAGGAAUUCGCGGAGGUCUCAGCCCAUCAAAAGAUCAAUGAGGCUGUCAUUACAGUCCCGGGAUUCUUCAAUCAAGCCGAGAGGAGGUCUCUGGUGCAAGCAGCGGAGCUCGCUGGCUUGAAGGUAUUGCAGCUCAUAAACGAUUACACAGCUGUCGCCCUCAACUACGGCGUGUUCGGUAGAACCGAAAUAAACGACUCUGCACAUUACAUUUUGUUUUACGAUAUGGGUGCCAGCAGCACCACCGCGACGGUCGUUAGUUAUCAGAACGUGAAAACGAAAGAAAGAGGUUUCGUUGAGACCAAUCCUCACGUUACCGUGCUGGGUGUCGGUUACGAUCGCACGCUCGGCGGGCUGGAGAUGCAGAUCAGACUGCAGAAUUAUUUAGCUCGAGAAUUCGAUGCUCUGAAGAAAACGCCAAACUCAGUGUUCAAGAGCCCGAGAUCGAUGGCGAAGCUUUUCAAGGAGGCUGGCCGCGUGAAAACCGUGCUUAGCGCUAACGCGGACCACUUCGCACAGAUCGAAAGUCUGAUAGAUGAUAUAGACUUCAGAUUGCAAGUGACGAGAGAAAAGCUGGAAGAGAUAUGUGCCGAUCUGUUUGAGCGCGUAGCGAAUCCCGUGAGAACUGCCUUGGAAACGUCAGGUUUAGCAAUGGAUGUUAUAUCUCAUGUUGUACUGGUGGGAGCAGGUACCCGAAUGCCAAAGGUACAGGAAAAACUGUCUCAGUAUGUGAAGACGGAAUUGUCAAAGAACGUGAAUACAGACGAGGCUGCAGCUCUAGGAGCUGCAUAUAAAGCGGCUGAUCUCAGUCAGGGUUUCAAAGUUAAAAAGUUCGUCACGAAGGACGCUGUGGUGUUUCCGAUUCAAAUCGUAUUUGAUAGAAUGAUCGAUAACAAAAUAAAGCAGGUGAGAAAGACGUUGUUCAGCAGAAUGAAUCCUUUCCCACAGAAGAAGAUUAUUACUUUCAACAAGCAUACGGAAGAUUUUGACUUUCAAGUGAAUUACGCCGAAUUGGAUUAUUUGCCAUCCAGUGAGGUACUUGCUAUCGGUAAUUUAAAUAUAUCUAUCAUAUCUCUGAAUGGCGUAGCUGAGGCUUUAGAGAAACACGCUAAGGAAGGUGCCGAAAGUAAAGGAGUCAAGGCACAUUUCAAUAUGGAUGACAGUGGAAUACUGAAUUUGUUAAAUGUAGAACUAGUUUCUGAAAAGUCAAGCGUUACCGUUGACGAAGAAGAGGGUACUUUCUCAAUACUUGGCUCAACUAUUACUAAAUUCUUUGCAGGUUCCAAUGAGAAAGAGACGAUAGAAAAGACGGAAGAACCACCAAAAGAAGAUAUAAAACCGGUGCAUGAAGAACCUGAGUAUCUGGAGCCGUCAAAGGAUGCGGAGGAGAAAACAAAGAAGAAGAACGAAACGAAAUCGAGCGAAGAUAAAGCCGGAAAUAAGACUGAGAAGGCAGACAAAGAGAAGAAAGCCACUGUCGUUCAAAUUAAGGAAUCUAUCAGCUCGAAUGAGAUCAAAUUGGGAUCACAAAUUCUGUCCGGUGAUAGACUUGUACAGUCUCAAGACAAGAUACAUAAUUUGGACAUGCAUGAUUUGAAGAAAGCACGUCGAGAGACUGCACUGAACAAUCUCGAGUCAUAUGUAAUCGAUGCGCAGCAAAAGCUCGAUUCCGAAGAAUAUUCAGUCGCGGCCACCGAGAAAGAGAUCGAAGAAAUACGUAAAGCGUGUGCUGAGGUCUCCGAAUGGUUAUACGAAGAUGGAUUCGCCGCGACCGCGGAAGUGUACGAGGAGAAAUUGUUGGAACUGCAGAAGUUAACCGGCGACGUCUACGAGAGAGUUUCCGAGCACCGGGAUCGUCCAGAAGUUCUGAAGGCAGUAUUUUUACUGCUCGACAGCAGUAAAUUGUUCUUGAAUAGUAUGCGAAACUUGAGUGUAACGGCCGAUGUCAUCACGCCCGUUGAAGUGGAGACGUUAGAAAAAGCAAUCAACGAGACGCAGGAUUAUUAUGACAUGGUUACGAAAUAUUUCGCUGAAACACCUUUGAACGAACCAGUGAAAUACAAAGUCCGACAUAUCUCGAAUAAAAUGGAACUGCUUGAUAGAGAAAUUAAGUAUCUUAUAAACAAAAUAAAAAUCUGGAAGCCGAAGCAAGAAGCUGCAAUAAACCAGACGGACAGUAAAACUGAGGAGGCGACAGAAAAUCAAGAAGAAUUACCACUUGAUUUAACGACAGAAGCUGAUGCUGAGAAAGACAAAUCUGCAGAAGAACAAAUUAUAUCAAAUAAUGAACAAGAGCAGCAACAAGAAGUACCAAUAAUAGAUGAGAUGCAGGAGUCGUUAGUUAUACCAGAAAGGAAGGAACCGCCAAGUGAAAGCGAAGUUGAGGAGGACACGCAUCAAGAACUGUAAAGAAAUAAUUUAUUUAAAAGUGUGUGAUUCUCUGUUAUUGAUCGACGGGCAGCGUCGAUUUAGGGCAAUUUCUGUAGAUUUAUCUUUGUCGGAUGCAUUUAAGACGCAAAUCAAAUCUUUACACGUUUGCUCUACGAAUCGAUAAAUUAUAUCGCGAAAUUAAAUGCAAUUUUUCUUCUAUAAUUGAUAAUAUUAUAUUAGUGUUAUGAAAUAUGCGCGAAUAAUUUUGUUCGUUGAUUUAUUUAUCAUGAAAGUGUUAUUAACGCAUGGUCGUUAUAAUCGGUGAUAAUCUUAUCGAGGGAACCGCUCUACUUGCGAUAAUUACAUUACACAAGUGCCAAGCACAAUAGCAGGUUCUGAUAUUCAAUUUAUCUAAUAUAGGCAUACACGUGUGAAUAGGCCAGUUCUUAGGAAAAGUUCAUAUGUCAAAUCUUUAAAAUUGUAAUAUAUCAAAUUUUUUACUUUGCAUGUCAAACCUGUUUCAAAUGCUGCAAAUCUAUCAUUUGAUUACGUGUAAUCGUCAUAUUUGGUGAUGUAGUAUAAAGCAUAUUACUUAAAAAAAUGAAUAAGUUAAAAAUGAUUUUCGCAUAAAUAUCGUUUAUAGAAUGUAUUUUUUCGUACGGAUACAUUUUUACUGUAUUUCUAAAUAUAUCCUGAAAGAAUUUCUCUUACUUCUUACAUAUAAAUAUACAUCGAUAUUACUUGAUCAGUCAGCAUCAUCUCUUACAAAGAAACGCAUUAUUUUUAUUACUUAUAAAUUAUUAAUUAAAUAACGCGUUUUUUUUAUCGUUUUUGAUGACUCUGCAUAAUGAAUGACUAAAUAUUCUUACACAUAUAUCUUACAGAUAUUUUCAUUAUCUUUUAUAAAUAAAGUAAUUACAUUCGCACAAAAUACAUUAAAUACGAAAAUAAAAAAUAAUAUGAUAAAAUUGCUCUUUCAUGCAGCUAGUACUUAGCAAAAUUCUCUGGCAAUGAAGAAUAUAUAGCAAAAAGAUUGUCAUUCUACUGCCAACUAGGCGUUUGGGUUCAACGAAUUAUCAUUCAAAUAAUGAUAAAGAUAAAACUGUAAUUUCGAACAUUACUAUUACCGAUAUCUAUUAAUUUGAAAGAAUAAAAAAAUAUAUAAGAUA